CAUGAUCGACGGCCUUGACAGGGUAGUUUCACAUUGUCAACAGGAAACCAUCCGUCUUCAGCCUUUGGUUCCUUUGAAAGACUGACGAAAAGUCUUCUUCGAGCAUACCCAAAAUCGCAUCACUCUUCCACUUCUGCAUCAUCUGUAGCAUCCAAUUCAUCCAACACAUCGUCCUCUUCGAUGCAUCAAUCUGGGCCACCCUUGGACCGAGAGAAAUUUAGGUCAUUGGCAAAAGGCUUUGAAGCGAAGUACAAGUAUUAUACUCCUGCUAUUGACCGAAUGAUCGGCAUGCUUGGCACCGGCAUUUCACAGCGAGUUACCCAUGAUACCCAAGCCAAAACUCGACAUAAUGCCAUUAAAGAACGAUGGGAGAACUUGAGAUCUGUUAUGGACGAUUUGCGAGCAAAUCAGCUUCCAGAGAUUGAAAGAACUUUAUCUGACCGGCCACAAAGUCCAGCGUGGUCAGGAACGAGCGAAGAUAGUCAUACAACAGAUCGCAGUGAGAGAUCACACAGUCAUUGGAAAGGAAUAAGAAGGCUCAACUCACCUUCACCUGUGUCUAAGCGCCCUGAGGAGACUGUAAGAGGAAGGAGCUUUAGCCCAACUAAUAUAAAUUUGCGACCGAUAAAGAAAAAUCAAAGAGCCAGUCCUAGCCCUGUAUUGAACGGCGGUCGACCACCGUUAUCACAAACAAAUAGAUCUACUGACGGUCAGCUGUCUGUUAGCCGCCUGCGGAAGACGCACACUCCAGGAACUAGUCAGAAUAAGCCUGGUUGGAAUGCGAGUACGAAGGAAGAUAGCAAGCAAUAUAUAUAUGAGCCUUUGUGGAAAAGUGAAUAUCGACAGUUGGGCGAUUUAGAUGACAAGGAAGAUGAAGAGCUUAUGCGACGUGGGCGAACAAAAAGUCCAACACGACUUGGCGGACGUCCAGAUGAAAAUGACGAGAAUGGUGCAUCCUGGAUGAAGCCAACAAAGAGUACGAUUAUGCGACGGCGCGCUCAAAGCAUGGACCGUGCAUUAAGUAGGCAGGCGGAAAAUAGACCCAAAACACCAACAUCUCGACCCAAAACGCCGAACCCACCAAACAAUCGCUCUCAUACCCCAACUAAAACUGCUCAACCGCCUUCGAGACAAUUUCUAUCGCCUUACACUUUCCAUGAGCCUAUACCUUAUCCUGACCGCGACCGCGCAGUUUCACCUUCGUCUCGUCGAUCUGAAACGCCAUCUCUUAUACCUCGUCCUAAGACACCCACUUCGCGACCAACGUCUCCUAUGGCUAGUGAGUUAGUUCGACCAGGUAGCCGGCCAAAAACACCGUCGUCUCCCAGUCUUAUUCCACGAGCAAGGUCUGCGCUUGGCCAUAGCUCACCACCUGUUCCUCCUUUGCCUAAAAGUGUUCAAAGCGAGGAGUGGCUUCCAGUACAGUCUUACGGCUCUUUAUUAAACAUCACAUCUCCGUCUAUACCACAGCUAUCCAAAAAGUCAUCCACACCUGUUUUGAACCAGCGCAGCGCUUACCACCACCGGGCAUUCACUCCCAAUACCAACGAGAUGCAAAUUAACAUUGAUGAGAUACCGCACUAUGUAGCGGACCCAAAAGACCCCCUGGAUGUUGAAGUAGGCAAAAUCCUUAAUGCCAGUCCUAUUGCUAUUAAAUGUCAGCGAAGCCCACAAGGUGGAGGCAGAUACUAUUUUGGGAAUGAUCUAAGUCCCAGCCUAGGGGGAGGCAAGAAAAUGUAUCUCUGCAGAUUGAUGAACUACGCGGAAAAGAGUAACAUUGACCCAUCGCUGCUAUCAAGUCGAACAAGAACAAAGCCUACCGCAAGUAGAAACAAGGUUUUGGUGCGCGUUGGAGGAGGGUGGCAGGAUCUUGAAAUUUUUUUAUUGGAACAUGCUAGUUUGAUGGUCAGCGACGUUGUCGUUCGUUCUUUUACUUCAUAAUCGUUUUUUAAAUUCCAGAGGUUCGUUAUCUCAAACCAAUAAACAAUGCGAAUGCAAUGCGGUGGUUUAUCCUCCACAAUGACGUCAGCUGAUAACAAGUA